CAGACUCUCGAGUACAUAUAGAACUACCGUUCUAGCGCGUCCACGUUUCUGGCGCUGUAUUUUUGUCUUGCUCAUUAAAAAAAAUAUCUAUUUUCUGUGUGCUUUCGUGCAACGAUUUUCAAAAUUUAUUUUCUUCCGUCAAGUUUGCUUGGAUCAAAUUCCCCGGGAGAAGAAAGAGUCUGGAAUCUGGACCAGAAGAAAACUAACAGGGACUGGGCCCAUCCGACUAAGGUUGGACCCAACUUCUCUUACAUACCAGAUCAAUGAAGAUGACGUGUUAGACAUUCUCCGACGAAAAUUGUACCCUCAGAACUCCGAACCAAAUCACAAUGGUUGGGUUUCGGCGCUACCUCCUCGCAGCAAAUAUUUUUUUCUUCACAACUAUCUUCUUACCAGCUCUUGCGGACCCCCAAUAUGGCCAAUCGAGGGCGCCAGUUAGAGGCUUGCGUUCAAUCCAGCGAGGAGAUAUGUCGCCUUACGAGACAUUCGGCGAAAAUCACGAUUCGCCAUGGCCGAUUGAAACAAUUACCAGAGGUGCCCAGCAAAAAAGGAUUCAUCCCUGUGAGCAAAGUUCCUGUUAUCCUGCGACAGGAAAUUUAUUAGUUGGAAGGGCAAAUCGAUUACAAGCUUCAUCCACUUGUGGAUUGAGGGAUGCAGAGAGAUAUUGUAUUGUGUCACAUUUAAAGGACAGGAAGAAGUGUUUCUACUGUGAGGCUAGUAACCCAAAAAGACAACAUGGCAUUGAGAACAUCAUUAAUGGAGCACCACACAGAACUUGGUGGCAAGCAGAAAAUGGAGUUGAGAACGUAACUAUUCGUUUUGAUCUAGAAGCUGAGUUUCAUUUCACACAUAUCAUUAUUCGCUUUCAAACUUUUCGACCUGCUGCUAUGCUUAUUGAAAGAUCUUAUAAUUUUGGAAAAACAUGGCAAGUCUAUCGGUACUUUGCACACAAUUGUGAGCAUUACUUCCCUGGAAUUCCAACUCAUAUGCCCCAAAAAUUAACGGAUGUUAUUUGCGAAACGAGAUACUCGCACGUUGCACCAUCAAAAAAUGGAGAUCUCAUUUUCAGAGUGUUACCAUCCAACUUGCUGAUCAGCAACCCCUACUCAAAAGAAGUACAGAAUCUCCUCAAGAUGACGAACUUGAGAAUAAACUUCACCAAACUUCACACCCUUGGUGACGACCUCUUGGACAACAGAGCAGAAAUCAGGGAAAAGUAUUACUACGCCAUCAAUGAUAUGGUCAUUCGAGGAUCCUGUUCCUGCUAUGGUCACGCUUCCAGAUGUUUGCCUCUUCCAGGAGUUGACAAUGAGGAGAACAUGGUGCAUGGAAGAUGUGAAUGUACUCACAACACUAAGGGACUCAACUGUGAAUUAUGCGAAGAUUUCUAUAACGACCUACCUUGGAAGCCUGCUGUUGGAAAGCAAACAAAUACUUGUAGGAAGUGUAAUUGCAACAACCAUGCCACUUCUUGUCAUUUUGAUGAAGCGGUUUACGAAAGAUCAGGAAAAGUCUCGGGCGGAGUUUGCGAUAAUUGUCAGCACAAUACCAGGGGUCAGAAUUGUGAGCAGUGUGCUCUUUAUUUCUAUCAUGAUGAGAGCAAAGAUAUCUCAGAUCCUGAGGCUUGUCAACCCUGUGAAUGUGACCCUCGAGGUUCCUUGGACGAGGGAAUUUGUGACUCUAGGACAGACCCACUUAGUGGAGAGGAAUCAGGAAGAUGUCACUGCAAACCCAAUGUCCAAGGUCGUCACUGUAACGAGUGCAAGAAUGGUUAUUGGAACUUCGAUUCCAACAACCCAGAUGGCUGUCAAGCAUGUACAUGUGAUACUCUUGGAACUAUCGACAACGAGGGUUGCGACGUAUUAACCGGAGACUGUACCUGUAAAAGAUACGUUACAGGACCAGAUUGUAACCAGUGUUUGCCGGACUACUACGGCCUUUCUGAAGACGUAGAUGGUUGCAAACCUUGCGAAUGUGAUCCUGGUGGUUCUCUUGAAAGCUCCUGCGAUGUUGUUACAGGACAGUGUCGUUGCAGAUCUCAUGUUAGUGGAAGAACCUGUAACCAACCAGAGCAAAGCUACUACACAGGGUACAUAGAUUUGCUGACUUAUGAAGGCGAACUGGCAAGAGGAACUGAUAAUUGCCAAGUAGUCAUCAGAGAGCCUUACAGAGACGGAAGGAAUAGCACCUGGACAGGAACUGGAUUCAUGAAAGCCCUUGAGGGAUCCACCUUGAACUUUACAGUUGGUGAUAUUUACAGAUCGAUGUGGUAUGACAUCAUAGUUCGAUAUGAACCAGUGCACCCUGGUACAUGGAACGAUGUACAGAUUGUGGUCGAACGCCACGAACCAGUAAAUCCAAAUGGACCUUGUGCAGAAUGGAAACCAGAUGACGAUCGAUUGUGGACUCAGUUGCCAGCAAAUUCCCGAAGUGCUGAGGCUAUUCCACCCAUUUGCUUAGAAGCUGGUAAACAGUACAAUAUCUUGCUAACUUUAACGCAAUUUGUUGGUCCUGCAGAUACACCUUCUGCUUCUAUUCUCGUAGAUUCGAUUGUCCUCAGACCAAAUAUUGAUUACAUUCCAUUUUUCAACGGCUCUGGCUUAGCAGAACUUCGAAGGCAAGAAUACGAAAGUUAUAGAUGUAACGACUUCUUCAACAAUGUAGGCUACAGACAAGAUGCACCUGAUGCCUGUAGCAAACACUACAACAGCAUUGGUUAUUACGUUUAUGAUGGAGCACACUUGUGUGAAUGUAAUCCUACUGGAUCACACAGCGCCUUCUGUGAAAUUAGUGGUGGACGCUGUUACUGCAAAACCAAUGUUGUUGGCAGACGUUGCGACCUAUGUGCUCCAGGAACUUAUGGAUUUGGUCCAGAAGGUUGUAAGGCAUGUGACUGUGAUGGUGUUGGAGCUUUGGACAAUUUCUGUGACGCUGAAACUGAUGUCAUCUGUGAAUGUCGUGAAGGCUAUUCAGGACCAAGAUGUGACAGCUGUGCUGAAAACUACUAUGGGAAUCCCGAAGUACCUGGUGGAAGUUGUUCUGCCUGUGACUGUAGCAACAAUACGGACAUAUACAGGCCAGGAAAUUGUGAUCCACACACUGGACGCUGUCUGCAAUGUUUGUACAAUACGGCCGGUCCAAACUGUCAGAUCUGUAAGCCUGAUUACUUCGGUAAUGCUCUCUUUAAGGAUUGUCAACCGUGUGGGUGUGAUGUUCUUGGAACAGACAGAGAUGUUGGAUCUUGCGAUCAUCGAACCGGACAGUGUCCUUGCCUUCCGCACGUUAUUGGUAAACUUUGCAACGCCUGUGAAGAAAAUCACUGGAAGAUUGCUAGUGGUCAAGGUUGCGAUCCUUGCGAGUGUGACCUUGUUGGCAGCGUAUCUGACAAAUGUAAUCCCUUCGAUGGAACUUGCGAAUGUCGUGCAGGCUUUGGUGGCAGAAGAUGUAACGAGUGCCAAGCAAACCAUUGGGGUAAUCCCAACGUGGAAUGCUACCGUUGCGACUGUGACCAGAUAGGAUCAGCCAGCCCACAAUGUAACAGAGAAACUGGUGCCUGCGUCUGCCACAAAGGAAUUGGAGGUCCCAAAUGUGAUCAGUGUGAUCGUAGUUACAUCGGUUACGCUCCUAACUGCAGUCCUUGUGGCGAAUGUUUCGAUAAUUGGGAUAUGAUCCUUGAUGGUUUGAGAAACAAGACCGACUACGUUAUCGCGGAAGCCUCCAACAUUCAAAAGGUAGGAACCACCGGAGUCUACAGUCAAGAAUUCGACGACAUGGUGAACUCUAUCGAACAGGUGAAGACUCUGCUUGGAAACGCAACAAUCAGAAGCCAGGAUCUAGAUGAACUGAACAAACUCGCGGAAGACUUGAACAAGAACGUUUCCGCCACUGCAGAAAAUCUUCUGAGGGCUGAUGAACUCUUGAAUAAUGUCAAGCAGAGGGUAAACAUCAAUGAUGUAGCUUUGAAAACGUUAAAGAACAAGACGAACAGCCUUAAUGAGCAAGCUACUAAUCUGAAGGAAAACGCAACCUUUUUACAAGAGGGAAAUGUCCAAGGUGCGUUGAAUGUCACCCGACUGAUGGCUGCGCAAUCUCAGCAAGCUGAAAAAAUGGCAAACGAUACCACAAACAUUUUGGAUAAUGCUGAUAAGUAUAAGAAACAUACUGAAUCCCUGAUUGCCAAAAACAGCGAUGCCGUGGUUCAAGCUCUUGCAAAGAAUAAGGAAUCUCUGGAGAACUUGCGAGAGAAGCUGGGCUCCUUUACUGAAGUAAUUCCUGAAUUAAAUUUGAAUAUGUGUGGACAAAAUGCAACGGAGUGUGGCAGCGUUUGUGGAGGGGCUGGAUGUGAUACUUGUGGAGGACUAUCUUGCGAUGCUGGAGCUAAGACGAAGGCUACUCAGGCUUUGGAUGUUGCAAAGAAGCAAUCAACAAAGAUUAAGAAUUACAAAGAUGAGGCUGAACAACUGCUUCGUAGCAUGAACCAAGUGAAAAGUGACGCCACCUCAGCUCGGUCAAAUGCUCAAGACGCUUUCAACUUCGCCUCAGAUGCUCGAAACCGAUCCGACGACUUGGCGCGGAAUAUAAGCGACUUGGCCGACAAGAUCGGAAGUCUUCUAGAUCAAAACCAGAACCAGGAUCAUACAACACCGGCUCAAGUCAGAACACUCGCCGAAGAAGUCAUCGCGAAGAAUAUUCCUCUCAAACCCGAAGAAAUCAGAGAGCUUGCUGAUAAAAUCAAGCAGAUUGUUGGAUCUCUCACCAACUCUGAUACGAUCCUCGCUGACACUAAAGAUGAUUUGGAUCGCGUCCUAGAACUGAAAGCCCAAGCCAAUCGGACUAAGGAAGCAGCUCUUGAGAAGCAAAAUCUGGCAAGCAAGGUUGGUGAUCUUCUAAACGAAGCUAAGGAAGCUCAGGAUCUUGCUGAUUCUGCCAUCGAAAAAGCUAAUAAAGACAUCACUCUCUCUGAAAAAGAUCUAACAGAGAUCAUCGAGGUGACAAGCGAGGCCAAGAAAAGAGCAGACAAUACUAAAAAUUCUGUGAAUGCUCUCGAGGAUAGGCUGAAUAUACUGCUCUCUCAUGCUGGAAGGAAUGAAUUUAUUGUCAAGGAGGAAAUCGCAAUUCAAGGUGCAAAAGUAGGCGAGGAAGCUAAAGUUGUUGAAAAUAAAACUUAUCAACUUGGAGAAAAGUACAAACAAGCUAGUGACACUCUGAAUGAGAGAGUGGAUAAGAGUAAGGCCAAUAUUCAAAGGGCAAAGAGACUAUUGCAACAAGCUUCAGAACUGACUGCUGACACAUCUACCAAAUUUAAAGAUCUUAAUGGAAUGGAAAGUGUCUAUAAAGACAAUGAGAGAAUUCUAAGUGGUCUGAUGGCUGAUGUUGAUGCCAUGAAUGAAGAAAUGAAUCAUCAGCUUAAGGAUAUUGAGAAAAAGUCUCAAGCUUACAGACAAUGUUCAACCUAAAAAGAUCAAGGUGUUGAAUGCAAAUCAUUAGGUUUGUUUCUAUGCAUUUAUAGUCAGAGAUCUGUAAAUUAUACAGGCAUUAAUGAGACUUUCUUCAGAAAUGUAAAUGUGAAGAGAUUCUAUAGUUAGGAAAUUACUGUUACUAAAUAUUCUUAUUUGAUUUAAUAAUUUUUGAAUGAGUUGAAAUUUUCAUAUUUACAAUUUUGUUUUCGUUGGUGCUCUACCAUUUUUCUCUUUUUUAAUACUCUGUCGAUGUGAUGUACUUAUUAUCCCUGCGAGGGAUAUAAAUAAUAUAAAAUGCUUGAUUUGUAAAUCAAUGAGAAGAGAAUACAAAAAAUUCAGUUUCUGAUAAAGAGUAGAGAAAAACGUUCCGAAUGAAUGUUAGAUUCAAAAUCCAAUUUGGGACCAUUUUAAAAAUCUUCUGUAUUCUCUGUUUUUGACUGUUUUCUUUAAAGUGCCAUAAAUUUGGACCCGGGUCCAAUAGCUUAAGAGGAAAAUUACGUAUAAAUCUACAUGAACCCCAGCAGACGAGGAUGUACAUAUGUAAAUAUAUUAAUCAGAAUCGCAUCCAUAUCUUUUUCCGGAAGCUUUAUACUCUCUUAAGAAAAUCGAGACAAUUAAUAGAGAUAUACGUAACCCAAAUUCGAUGGCUUGAAAGAGGGGAUAUAAAUAAUAGAAUGACUGAAAUAAUGAAACUUUUUUAUCUUUUUUAAGAAAUAUUUCAAAUUUUGUACUGUUAAUGACAGUGAUUCAACUCUUCUCGAUGGCCUUCGAAAUUUAGAAGUAUAAGUAAAUAAAAUCACAACAAGAUAAUGUUUUGAUUCGUAUAUUUAAUUGUUUGUUACAAUUGUAAACUGAAAAAAAUUAUAAAGAAAAAUAAAAAACCUAUAAUAAAAUUGUCGGAAAGUUGGAAAGCAUGCUACUAUUUUAGAAUAUUUUCAUCUAUUUGCUAGAAUUUAUAACAGAUUAAUUAUAAUGACGAUUUUAAAAGCUUUAAAUUGGAAAUUAUCACCUAGAAAACCCUCAAAUGUAAAAUUAUUUAGUUUUGAAAGCCUAAUUCUAGAAUAGUUUAUUUCAUGAAACUUUCAAUUUAAAAUUGUUUAACUUUUUAAGGUUUGAAAUUCAGAAUUUUAAGUUUUCAAUGUGGUAGGGUAUAUGUAGCAAAAAAUUCGGGCUUUUUGUACCGAAAUUUCGUUACAAAUAGUCUCUUAUCCAUGUUCAAUUUUGAAUUAUAAAUGUUA